GCGGCAGGCGUUCUGAGUUUAUUUCCCAGCUUGGCUUCUGAUUCGUCUUUGGACCUUGGGGAAAUAAUAUUGGUUUUAAUCCAAAUCACUUGAAAGUAGUUUAAACACCAUCUCUCUUUCUCACUACCACCCAAACGUCCACAUUUCUUUCCCCAUAUUAGAUAACUCGCUUUAGGUAUAUGAGUUUCAGAUCCCAAGAAGUGAUUUUAUCGGAAAAAGAGAAUUUUUACCUGAUUAUUUGAAUUACUUUAUUUGUUAAUUAAAAGUGCAUUUGAUGGUUUUGAAAACCUAAUUCACAGAAAUUCCUUCCUCUCGCGAAAGUUUGGAAGUGUUUCAGAGCCACACUCUAGAGCCGCGUUUAGAGGGUUUCUUGGUUUGGAACCCUCUUCCACUCUAAGAGAUUGGGAAAGUUCAGGCUUUUUUUUUUUUUUUAAAUCUGCUACAACCUUACUUACCAGAUCUAGUGUUUUAAGAGUUCCUGUGUUUGUUUACCAUGAAGGAAAAAAUGGGUAGCUAUUUGGUUGUAUUGGUAUCUUAAUUCAGUUUGAUUUCCUGGUAUCAGGUAUGAAUUUUUCACCGACUGUAUUUGGUCUAACUUUGUAGUCCAGUGGUAGUAAAGAAUGGCUGUAGAACCUUUGCUGGGGAUCUCUAGAGCAGUGGUUCAGUAAGAACAAAUAUUUAAGUGUCUUGAAUUUACCAGGCACUGUUUCAGACCUUGAGGGCACAUCCAUAAAGUAGCUUAUGUUUGGAAUUCCUUCUAGGAAAUGAUGAAAGCUAUGGACACUUUCCUUCAAAAAGCACUUUAAUGUACACCUAUGAAAAUUUUUAUAUACUAUUUUUGGGGGCUUACAACCCCCCAGAAGAUCAUUUGUGCACCUCAGGUUGAGAAGCCUGUCACAGGGCUCAGGGUUCUUGUGGGGGACAUCCUUAGAAUGAAUGUCUUCUGAAAUAAAUGGUAAUGCAUGGAGAGUUCAGGAGUGGUAAACCAAAGUGUUACUUUAUUAUUAUUUUUUUUCUUUCCAUUAAUCCUGUUAUAGCCUGACUUUUCUGUUAGACUAUUUUAUGGAUGAUGCCUGUUAGUGUCGAACAUCUGUUCAUAUUCUCUAUACAUUUCCAAUUUAAAUUAUUCUGAAGGUAGGUCAGAGAGUGAAGACUGAUUUAAAUGGAAAAAUGAAGUAGGCAUGUGAUUUUAGAGGUGCUUAAUUCUGUGAUUUUUACAGUGUUUCCUCAUGUCAGUACAGCUCCAGGAGAUGUGCAGUUAAGCCACAUGAAAAACAGAAUGAGAUGCUGAGAUGACAUUACUCCUGGGACGACUCCUCCAUCUUCCUCUGGUGUCUGUCUGUAGUGGUCUCUCUGUCUCUCUUUUCUCCUUGGCCCUCUCUCUCUUUCUAGCAGUGAUGAGGGAAGAAGCCUGAAAGGAUGUUUCAUAACAUUGGAUGAGGGACUUGGGCUUCAUUGCAGCCAGAACAAAUAUUCUCUCCUAUUCUUACCCUGUGGCUAAAAUCCCACGUGCUGUUUGCAAAUUACAGGAAACUAUUCCUCCAGUGAAUUCAGAGUCUGGCUGCUUGACAGGGGCUGUGAAUCUCAAAUCCAGCAACCGAAACCCAGUGGUACAGGAAUUUGAAAGUGUGGAACUGUCCUGUAUCAUCACGGAUUCACAGACAAAUGACCCCAGGAUUGAAUGGAAGAAAAUUCAAGAUGACCAAACUGCAUAUGUGUUUUUUGACAACAAAAUUCAGGGAGACUUGGCGGGUCGUGCAGAACUGUUGGGGAAAACCUCCCUAAAGAUCUGGAACGUGACCCGGACAGACUCGGCCAUUUAUCGCUGUGAGGUGGUUGCUCGAAACGACCGCAAAGAAAUUGAUGAGAUUGUCAUUGAGUUGACUGUGCAAGUGAAGCCAGUACCUCCUGUGUGCAGAGUGCCAAAGGCUGUACCAGUGGGCAAGUCAGCGACGCUGCACUGCCAGGAGAGUGAGGGCUACCCCCGGCCGCACUACAGCUGGUAUCGCAAUGACGUGCCACUGCCCACAGACUCCAGAGCCAAUCCCAGAUUUCGAAAUUCCUCUUUUCUCUUAAACCCUGAAACAGGCACUCUGGUUUUCAGCGCUGUCCACAAGGAGGACUCUGGGCAGUAUUACUGCAUUGCCUCCAAUGAUGCCGGCUCAGCCAGAUGUGAGGAGCAGGAGUUGGAAGUCUAUGACCUGAACAUCGGUGGAAUUAUCGGGGGGGUUCUGGUUGUCCUUGCUGUACUGGCCCUGAUAACAGUGGGCAUCUGCUGUGCAUACAGACGUGGCUACUUCAUCAACAACAAACAGAAUGGGGAAAGUUACAAGAAUACAGGGAAGCCAGAUGGAGUUAACUACAUCAGGACAGACGAGGAGGUACAGAGUGAGGGAACCAAGCAGAAGCCAUUUAGGAAACCUAGAAAUCGAGGUGUUCCCAACAGGGAAAGUAACAUUCUUCCUCGGAACCCAAGUGACUCCUAUAGGAAAAAAGGGUGACUUCAGGCACAAGUCAUCCUUCGUGAUCUGAACCUGCGGUGUGGCUGAGAGAGCACAUGCAAAUACCUCCAGAAAUUCCCAUCAAGGGCAGCCCAGGAGCAAAGUGCACUUGGACAGAACUACCACUCAUGCAAAAGCUUUUUGUUUUGGCCAAAGUUGACUGCUACUCCUUUCUUACUUUUUAACAAGCCACACAAAUAAAAGAAUUUUCCUCAAGAUGGGCACGGUCAUCACAAGGAAGAGCACCUGAAUGAGUGCACUGAGGCUGGCUGCCAGGCUGUCUCUGCCCCGCUCCCACCUGAGUGGAGGGGAUUCGAAGCUUUUGCUCACGUCGACUCUGCAGCUGGGCACUGUGGGCCUGUGAAGCCACUCGCUAUUGUCAGCCAGGUGAGCCCCAUGCAAGGUGACAAGAUUACCAUGUAGUGCCAGCAUUGUAGGGGUUGGAAACCUGAAUCACAGCAUGAAAUCCUACAGCUGCAGUCGAAUCGGUGAAUCCGGAAAAGAGGCUGUUUACACAAUGACCCGUCUCCCAGUGGCCCACACACAGCACCUCACCGUUUCUUCUUAAAGGCUUUGUUGAUCAACACUGCCAUGUCCAUCUUACAGAGUCUUUCUGGAUCAGCAUUUUAUAAAAACAGCCAAAACCAGGAAGAAGAUGGGGUCUUUUGACCCACAGGGACUCUGCCUGUCCAUGCAGGGUUUCAGUAUUUAGGGAAAUCCUUCAUUUUUGGCUCAAUCUGAAAUGGUACUGAAAUAAUGUUCUGCUUUUCUCUGGGUGUUUAUUUUAUAAAAUUUUACAUUCUAAAUUUUUGCUAAAGAUGUAUUUUGAUUAUUGAAAAGAAAAUUUCUAUUUAAACUGUAAAUAUGUUAUAAAAUGUUAAAUAACCUAUUUUUUUAAAAAAAGUUCAACUUAAGGUAGGAGUUCCAGGCUACUAGUGUUAAAUUCGAAAAUAUCAAUUCAGAGUAUUUUAACCCAAAGAAUCCUCUUAAGGAGGCUUAAUGGAACAUUCCUUUUGCCCCACGUAAGUUUUAGCAUUUUUCACAAGAAAACUUAUGCCACGUAUACAUGAGACCAUUGUUGCUUGGGAAACCUUGAAACAAUUCCAGUUGAGUAAUGUUGAAAUCUGUUUCCAUCUGUCAAAAAGAAACAAAAGGAGCUCUUCGGUUAGCUCUGAACUGCCUCUUCCCUAGAUUACUAAAACUACCUAUGCCCAGACCGUCCAGAAGUACUCAGAUGUACUCUGUUGGUCAGCUCCCGGGGCCAAGUUGGAUACCCUACCUAAGUUGGUGUUGGCUACUAACUUCGAAGGCCAGCCAGCGUGUCCACUGCCGUCUUUAGCCCCCGACUGUGGCUUUGUGUGAUUAGCUUUAACAGGGUUGUUCCUGUGCCACGUGCACUUGGUUUAGCCCAGGGCCAGUCUGAGGUGGACACUUCAGGAAAGGUGUGUGUGCUCUGUGGCGGCCUAGCCUUUGGGUUCCUGUGACAGAGCUCUUUUGGUCGGAGGGCCCACAAAACAAAGCAGCUACUGCUAUGUGGUUUUUCAAUUCAUUUCACUUAUUUGUGUGCUUCAUAAGACUGUUCAGGGCCAAAGGCGGUUUUGAAAUCCAAUCUGUUGACUACAGUAAUAAUUUUUAAAGAAAAUGAAUUCUCCCAUCCCUCUUUGCUGUGAAGAAGGUGCUGAGACACCGCCGGUUGUGUCUCAUUGACAGUCCACCUAUUAUGUGGCGGCAGCCAGGUCAGCCUUCUGAAGACCAUCAGGCAGUGCAGCUGGGGCAGAAAUCCUGACAGUGAGGAAAGUAAGAUGCCUGCAUCAGAGGCCAUUUUCUAAGUCUGAUUUAAAGUUUUUAUCUACCCAGACACUGCUGUGUACUUUGUGGGGACAUUAGAGACAUCACUCAAAGCCUUUGUUCUUUAAGAGCAGAUGUUCGUAGCCUUAGACACGUUGCUGUGUGGAACUCAUGAUGUGAAGUGGUUUGAAGCGAGGAGCUUCUCAAAAGGAGCGCCUCCAGUUCCACUGUGUGCUCAAAGGGUGGUUUCAUGUAGGACAACACAGUCAUCUUGGGAUUAAACUUUCAGUGUCUUAACUUUUUAUACUUUUUUUUUAAUUGAAUACUUGAGACUGAUGUUGACUUUUCUAAGUUAUGUGAAAUACUUUGCCCUGGGGUAUUUGGCAGAAGCAGUGGGCAACUCUUUGUAAUUAUUUAAUGGUACCUAUCUUCUUCUGCAUUUGUGUCUUGAAUGCUUAGACUUAAGACUGUCCCUUCAUCUCCCCUCCCCUUGGUAGAAAGGCAGAGCUCCCCCUCCUCUAAUUGUCGGGCAGCAACACUCUGGCCUCCAGCUGGCUGUCAUAGUGAUGGGGAGGCCUGUCGCCUCCCUCCUUGCACCGUAGAACCUCCUGCCCUAGUGCCCUGGGAACUGGGUCUGACGGAGCGGAGAGAAGUGAGCACGGAGUCUGGGAAGCGGUUGUAGACAGAGAAGGAAGCCUCACCUGUUUGUAAGAUGAGAGUGUGACUGAAGACUCGAGGCUGUGCAAAGCUGUUAAUGGCCUUUGGUGUGGCUGUUGUUGUACACAGAUAUUAGACUUGUACUAACACACCUGUAAGUUGGUAUUUGUUAAACCUCAUUUAUAAAAGCUUUAAAAAAAAUCAA